AUGUCAACUUACGAGACCGCCCAAAACCAGUUCAUCACUGUAGAUGGCAUCAAAUUCGCCUACAGGCGCUUCGGACAAAGCAAUGGCGUUCCCCUCACAUUACUUAUGCACUUCAGGGGAACAAUGGAUCACUGGGAUCCGGCUCUUAUAAACCCCAUCGCCGCUAAGCGACCUAUCAUCAUGAUCGACAAUGCCGGUGUAGGUCGUUCAGAAGGACAAGUUCCCAAGCAAUACUUCUUAUGGGCGCAGUACUACAUCAAUGUUCUUCGAGCCCUCGGCGUUGACAAGACCGAUGUCAUGGGUUUCUCAAUGGGAGGAUGUGUCGCGCAACUCGUCGCUCUCAACGGACAAGGUCUUGUGCGUCGUCUGAUUCUCUGCGGAACCAUGCCCAGCAGCGGCGAGGGUACGGUGUCAGCACCUGACCUAACACCUUUCAAUCUUUUGGCAAAAGCUCAGACCGAAGAGGAGCACAAGAAUGCCUUUAUGGUCAGUAUGUUUGGUACAUCGGCCAAGAGCAAAGCCGCAGGUGAAGCUGCGUGGAAGAGGAUCACAGGAGCGAGGAAGGACAGAACUGGCCAUGUUGAUCCGGAUAAUGCUCGACUACAGGGUAUUGCUUUUGCAAAGUUUAUGGAUCCGAAGCAGGCAAAGGAUGCGUCGUACAACAGACUUGAGGAGCUGAGUAUACCUGUCUUGAUUGCGAACGGGAGCGAUGACCUUUUGCUACCGACGGAAAACAGCAUUGUUAUCUGGAAGAAACUAAAGAAUGCCCAGGCCCAGUUGCAUCUAUAUCCUGAUUCUGGGCAUGGGUUUCUUUAUCAGUACGCAGAUGAGUUUUCUAAACUGAUCAAUGUGUUCUUGGGUGAUGAACCCAAGGUUUCUAGUCGUCUAUGA